CGCGCGCGGCCUGGGCUAGCGCUGGGCUCCGCGCGCCCCCCGCCCCCCUCUAUGAGGCAGAGGCCGCGGCGGCCGUUAGCGCUGUCGCUCCGGGGGCCGCGGCGGGCGGGGCUCCGGCGGGGCCCGGCCUAGUCCCCACCCCAGCCCGGCUCCCAGCCGCCCGCCCUCCCUUCCUCUCCCCGAUGCAGGGGGCCGAGCUCCGGGAUGGCGAGGCGGCGGCGGCGGCCGCUUCGUACCGCGUCCUGAGCCGCCUGCUCGGCUAUGGAGAGGCGGCCCCCGAGCCAGGCCCGCCGCCGCCGCCCCCGGGCCAUGGCCCCCCUCCGCCCCCCUUCCUCGCGCGGCCGGGCCCGCGGGGCUCCCGGCCGCCGCAGCUGAUGGUGUUCCGCAACGUGGGUCGGCCGCCGGAGGAGGAGGACGCGGAGGCGGCCCCGGAGCCGGGACCCUCGGAACUGCUGUGUCCCCGGCACCGCUGUGCCCUGGACCCCAAGGCCCUGCCGCCGGGCUUGGCGCUCGAGCGGACCUGGGGCCCGGCGGCUGGACUGGAGGCGCAGUUGGCGGCGCUGGGGCUCGGGCAGCCGGCGGGGCCGGGGGUCAAGACGGUCGGCGCGGGUUGCUGCCCGUGCCCGUGCCCGUGCCCCCCGCAGCCGCCCCCUCCGCAGCCCCAGCCGCCGGCUGCCGCCCCGCAGGCCGGGGAGGACCCCACGGAAACGAGCGACGCGCUGCUGGUCCUGGAGGGCUUGGAGUCGGAGGCCGAAAGCCUGGAGACUAACAGCUGCUCCGAGGAGGAGCUCAGCAGCCCGGGCCGCGGAGGAGGAGGGGGCGGCCGGCUUCUGCUGCAGCCCCCGGGUCCUGAAUUAGCCCCGGUGCCCUUCCCGAUGCAGGACUUGGUUCCCCCAGGGCGCUUGGGUAGAGGGGAGCAGCAGCAACCGCCCCCGCCCCCGCCUCCUCCCGGGCCCCUCCGGCCACUGGCGGGCCCUUCUCGGAAGGGCUCCCUCAAAAUCCGCCUCAGUCGCCUCUUUCGCACUAAGAGCUGCAACGGCGGCUCCAGCAGUGGGGAUGGGGCCGGCAAGAGGCCUUCUGGAGAGCUGGCUGCUUCAGCUGCGAGCCUGACGGACAUGGGAGGCUCUGCGGGCCGGGAGCUGGACGCGGGCAGGAAACCCAGGUUGACAAGAACUCAAAGUGCCUUUUCUCCGGUCUCCUUCAGCCCCCUGUUCACAGGUGAAACUGUGUCGCUUGUGGAUGUGGACAUCUCUCAGCGGGGCCUGACCUCUCCACACCCUCCAACUCCCCCUCCUCCUCCGAGAAGAAGCCUCAGCCUCCUAGAUGCAUUUCCCCGGAUUGCUCCCAUCCGAGCAGCUGAAUCCCUGCACAGCCAGCCCCCCCAGCAUCUCCAGUGUCCGCUCUACCGGCCCGACUCAAGCAGCUUUGCAGCCAGCCUUCGAGAGUUGGAGAAGUGUGGUUGGUACUGGGGACCAAUGAACUGGGAAGAUGCAGAGAUGAAGCUGAAAGGGAAGCCAGAUGGCUCUUUCCUGGUACGAGAUAGCUCUGAUCCUCGUUACAUCCUGAGCCUCAGUUUCCGGUCACAGGGUAUCACCCACCACACGAGAAUGGAGCACUACAGAGGAACUUUCAGCCUGUGGUGUCAUCCCAAGUUUGAGGACCGCUGUCAAUCAGUGGUGGAGUUCAUUAAGAGAGCCAUCAUGCACUCCAAGAAUGGGAAGUUUCUCUAUUUCUUGAGAUCCAGGGUUCCAGGACUACCACCAACUCCAGUCCAGCUGCUCUAUCCAGUGUCUAGAUUCAGCAAUGUCAAAUCCCUCCAGCACCUUUGCAGAUUCCGAAUCCGACAGCUCGUCCGGAUAGAUCACAUCCCGGAUCUCCCACUGCCUAAACCUCUGAUCUCUUAUAUCCGAAAGUUCUACUACUAUGAUCCUCAGGAAGAGGUAUACCUGUCUCUAAAGGAAGCGCAGCUCAUUUCCAAACAGAAGCAAGAGGUUGAACCCUCCACGUAGCGAGGGGCCCCCUGCUGAUCGCCGCCAAGGGCAUUUGUUGCCAAGCUCCAGUUUUGAAGAACCAAAUGAAGCUACUGUGGAAGAGGGAGCAAGGAGAAAGGAGGGAGUUGGAAGGGCUGAGAUCCUCCGCGCAAAGACUUUGGUUCCCCUGCAGCCCUGGGGCUUGGGAGAAGCACACAACCACACUCUCUGAGCGGGGGCUUCACCUCUUCACCUCCAGCCCCUGUGGUAUCCUGGAACUGGACAAGCUCCUUGGAACACUGGAAGAAGUCUCAACACUGUUUCUUUUUUAGAAGUUUUGUUUUGGAUAUUUGCAUUUCUCAGUAUGGAAAACUUCCUUUAAAGGCAGCUGGGGUUUGUGCCCAUUGGACUGGAAGUGGUGCCAAGGGUGAGCCAGGUCUGAGGGAGGGAAGGGGAGGGAUUGCCAGUGACGGUCAUUCAGCUGGUGCCAAAGGCAGAGUGCAAGUGUUCACCAUUGACCUUGAAGAAGGGAAGAGAAAGAGUCAGAAGCACAUAUCAAGUUGGGAGUUUCUAAGGGAUAAGGAUCUGCUUCUCUUUAAGCAUGAGUUGCUUCAGUAGGAGCAGGAAAGAGGAGAGGGUGAGUAGUCUGGACAAGAAGAUUGCUGAACAAAGACUGGCAAAGGGCCUCUGCUGGGGAAAGUAGUGACUCCUCACAUCCUUUCCUUUUAAGGUUUAGGAACCUGAUUUCAGAAUCACCUCUCAUAGAAGCUGUGUUCGUUUUGUCUUCCUGAAUUCCUGAAUUCUGUGACCUCAAGUCAGUCCCAUUCUUCUUCCACCCUCCACCCUGCCCCCUUAGAUAACUGUACAUUUCACUCUGAUCAUGGUAACACCAUUCCUAUUGCUUCUGCCAACUGUCAAGGCAAUCGAUUUUUUCAUCACCUGAGCAGUUGAGAGCCCUAAUCAUGAGCUGCUAAAGUUAAUGGAGCAUGCUUCCAGAUUCUUAAUGGCAGACUGUACCCAUGACUUAGGAGUCAGUGUUACUUACCUCCAUAUGUCUGUCAGCUAGUGAGAGGGAAUAUGGAGGAUGGUGAGAAACGAAGCUAUUGUGAUAGUGCUCUUCUGAGGAGAAGCUCUCCUGUGUCUCAGCCUUAAUGGAAUGUCUUUGGAUCAGUGAGGAGAAGAGUACUGCAUCUCAUGUGUUUAGGUUUAUCACUGUUGUCCCACUUCUGGGACAGGAGGUAGCAAGGGCUUUUUUAUUUUCCUAUGUUUUUUCUCUAGCAACUCAUGCAUUUUCCUGAGUCAGAUUCCAUUUGCCCCCUGUUUGUUGGAAAGUCUUUCAAAUGCUGAUUUGGGAGUUGCCCACCUUCCAGGUGGAAGUGGAGGAGGAGGGAGGUGCUUUCCAGUGCUCUUUGAGUUUUUCUGAAGUGAGCCAUUGUCAAGUCAUGUAAUAUUACGAGUUUGCUUUUCUGCAGAGUUACUCUUGGGAGAGGUUUGCUGUUAAGAUGUGAAAAUUGAGCUGUUUGGGUCUUUAUUGCUCUUUUGUAGUAAAUGUUCCAUUAGACUGCCUCUCUUGGUUCCCCUGUGCUUAUAUCUGCCUCUUCUCAUGAGAUAAAUAAUAUCUUCAGGUUUGUGGUUUCCUGAUGGUUUGGGAUGAGGUCCCAGUGUCUUGGUAAUUUAAAAGACUGCCUCAUCUGGAAGCAUUGGCCUUCUGCCUUAUGUCUUGCAUGGAAUGACCAGUCCUCCUGCUUGUAGCAGAGCAGGGAAGAAACUUGCAUGAUUAGCUGCCUGUAAAGAUGUGGCCCACAAAAUGAGCUUUGUAGCAUAAACACAGCCCACCUCUGAUUUGUCAUGAAGUACCUCUUCUUUCCUUGGAUUCCAUGGUAGUAUUACCAACUAGUGAAAAUAGUGAUCCCAGAAAUUGGCUUACCCUGUGAGUCUUGCCUCUUGAGAGUGCAGAUUAACUUGCCAUCAUGCAGAAAGUGCCACCCAGCUCUAGAGCCUACAGUCUGCAAUCCAUAGGGAUCCUUGAGUGGCUCAUGUGCAGCUAUUUGGGUUUGGGGGCUUUUUUUUUUUCCACCCAUAAUUUUGAAAUUAUUUUCAACUGUGUUUUAAUGUGUUUGCUUGAUUCUGGGCUAGAUACUAUGGAAAACACAAGAGGGGAAAGACAUGAUGUCUGGCUUAAGGGAGCUUUUGGGUGACUGCUAUACAUGAAGCAAUGGGAGAAUGACUCUGUGCAGUACAAAAAAUCAAGGGCUCUCUUUAAAGAAGUUGAGAUGGGUAAGAUCAGAGUAGAUCAGAUGGUCUGGGAGAGCUCUGUGUCUGUGAGGCUUUGGGUCCUAGGCAAAGGUAGGACAGUGAGAUGAGAAACACAUGAACAGAAGCAUGGAAGCAGAAAUCUGAGGGAUGUGUUGAACAGGACACAGCACCAGAUUAGAGCAGCAGUGUCAGUUACUCUUCAGUGCUGUGGUUUAGACGGAAACUUUCUAGUCACCAAGUAAGUCUGAGUGCUGAGGUCUUGUGAUGGUGAAGUGGAACCCAAAGCCAGAAGUCAGCUGGUUCCCGCCCAUGGGUAGGGACCUCACUGCCCUCAGCACAGUCUGGGGGAGGGAGGCAGAGCCCUUGUACCCCUAGUGGUACCAAGGCUUUCCACUGGAGAAUUCUACAGUCAGAUCCAGAACCAAACCAGCUGAGGAGGCAUGUCCCAACCUCACCAGCAUCCUUCUUUCUCCUCCUGGGAAAGGGUAAUGUGUCCCCAUGUCCAUGAUUCGUCUGUAUGCUAGUCAUGGCCCAGGCUGUAGCCUAGUUCUUCCUCAGUAGAGUGGGAUGCAGGACAGAGUUUCACAAGAAGACAGGCUCCAUUGGGAGAUGAGGGGGAGGAAGAGGUGGGAGUGGGGCAGAGAGCAGAGAGAGAACAGCACAUCCCCUUCAUCUCUCCAGGCUGGGCCCACUCCUCCUUUGCCAGUUCUGUGUUGGGCUAAUUGAAAUGCAGUCCACAGAGGGAACUCAUUAUUCCUUUUUUGGUUGUUGUAUUUUAAAGUCACAAACUAGAAAAGGUUCUCACCUCUAGGGACCCAUCACUGAUUUCAAAGUUGUUAAUGGGUCCUUGCCUGUGUGACCCUUACUUGUUAGUGAUUUAUCUACUGUAACCUUCCUCAGGACAAGUGUGAGCCACUGUGAGCCAAGUGACAACUACUGCUACAAUCUGCUGUUACUUGAAAUUCGGGUGCUGUGGCAGGAGCACAGAGUAAGGAGGGUGGGGCUUUGCUAGGAGGACUAGGUAAGUGGGCAGUAACUGGGAGUUCGGGACCAUUGGUGAUGGCCUGGGCCAGGUGGCUAGCCUGUGCCUAGAUCUAGUGAAGGGGAGCUGCCCCCUGUAACAUGAAGGCUUCUGAGAGGGGAGCUCAUCAUCACGGUUUCUACUCCUCCUUUCCUUCCCUUCACCUGGUGAUAGUGUUGGCCCUCACUGAGGCUGGGAAUGAUGCAGAGGAGGCUGCAAGCACCCCUACAGGGCACAUCCAGGAAGAACUGGGGAGCAGGAAAUGUGCUGAGUGUUUGCACAUCCGGGCGUGAGAGCCUAGAAAUAGAGCUGGGUGCCCUGGGGUACCUAUCUUUUCAGCCCUCACCCUAGGCCCCCAGAAGAGCAAGGCUGCUUAAAGCCCUUGGGUCCCAGCAGGAAAUGGAGAUAGUAGAGACUUUUCCCUUGGGUUAGACUGUUCCCCGCCCUGCUGCCUCGCCCUUGGGUUUGAGCCCUGAAAAUGGAGGACUAGGCACUGGGAUAUAGUGGGAAGUCUGAAAGUGUGUUUAUGUGUGUGUGUGUGUGUGUGCGUGCGUGCGCGCGCGCGCGCGUGCCUGGGUGUGUCUGGGUGUCCAUGCGUGUCUACAUUUGCAGAAGUCUUGCCACCAGUUGGAGUGUUGAAAGCAUCUCCACUGUGGGGAGACCUGCCAUUUGUUUUCCCCUUUUAAGAGAAUGACAUGCCCCCUGUCCCUAAGGGAGGAGCUUUUGAGUUAGACAUUUUCCCUAUGGGAAUCCUCUUGGUUUGGUUUGUGGGGGGGGCGGGGGGGUGGAUAAGUGAUUUUUAUCUCUAAUUGUCAACACAGCUGUUCUUACACUGAAUUUGUGCUAUUGCAUACAUGUAGCCAUCUUUCUUUUCACUGCAGCAGUGUUUAUCAGUAGUUCAAAAUGAUUUAUUUGCUCCUGGGGAGUAAAAUCUUUUUUAUUAAAAAAAAAAAAAAAAAAAAAGCGAAACGUGGCUCCCUCCACUCAUGAUAGCUAUAGGGUUAGUGGGCUUCAAAGCUCAAGAAGGCAAAGUUGAGUCUGCCAGUCCCCAUGACUUAUCCUGUUUUGACCUUGGAGCCUUCAUGCUCAGCACAAAAGGACAGGAGGCCUUGAGAAGAUGGGAGAGCAAAGCCUUGGGAGGAGUGAGGUGGGGUUUGGACCAUAGCGAUGAAAGCACUGGGGACUCAGGUGCUACAGGUAGAAAAACAGAGUAAAGAAUUGUAUUUAAAAUAUUGAUUCUCUAAUCUGCCAGGGAAAGACCUUUCUCUACAUCCAGAUUCCAUACUGUCUUUGUCCUUUUCAUCGCUUCUCGACCUUCCUGGUAGGUGCCGGCCCACUGUCCUCCUGUUUCCCAUCCUGUCCUCUGCACCCCUUCCCCGUCCCCUCCCACUCCCAUCUACCUCUGGGAAGCGGGUCCUGCAUGUGGAGUCUGUGACUUGCCUUCGUGCUCAUCUCAUCUCCGUUAGAGGGUACCUGGGACUACUCCCUCCUUCCCUCCUUCCGAAGUGCCCAGAGGCAUGACUGGGCAGUCAAAAGCAGCCAGCCCAGGGGGGAAGGCAUGAGUGUCUGGUUGCAGCUGGACUGCAAUCUUUGCUCCUGGAGAGAGAGUGUGAAGAAAACUUAGGACACUCUUGAUCAGAACCCAGGAAAUCAGAUGGGGCGGGCAGGCUGGCUGCUCCAUCCCUGGUGCUCCCUUGAACAGGGACCUGCCUCCCACUGUUAGGCCCAGAACCUUUUCCAAGGGACAAGCAUUACCCAGGCACCGCUCUGUGGGCAGGCCGGCCAUUGGAAUGCCCAAACUGGUGCUGCCUGUGGCACAGCCACUGCUGUACAUUUUUUGGUUGUUUUUAAGAAACUCAAUGAAGAGGGGUGUCAUUCUGGGCUCAGAGUGGUUGCCAGUUCUUCACCAGAAGGGGAGCCACACCCCCAGCAACCACUUCUGUCCUUGUUUGCCACCCUGCCCUCCUCCAAGCCAAAGCGUGGCCUGGCUUUUGUCUUCCUGUUUAGUUUUCCUCCUCACCUUCCCCUUUUUGUGCUUAAUUUAUUAAAAUAGUUGCUGUAUAAUUUAUUUUCAUAAACUAUAAAAAAUUACUAAAUGGUUAAAAUAGACUUGCAGGCCAAUGUUAAAUGGGGUGGGAGGGUCUGUGGGUGGGUGGGGAAAGGGAAAGAUGUUUUGAUAUAAACAAAACAAAUGCACUUUGGGUGUGUUUUGGUAUUUUUCUGGGGAUAGACGGGUGGGUGUUGGGAUGUCCCUGUAGAUUAGUUCCAGAACGGGGUGUUUGUAUAUACUGUAUUAAUAGGCAUGUUUGACUCUUAUAAAGGGACGUUAGUAGCUGCUGCAGGUCCUGUUUGGAAACCCCAUGUACAACUCCCAGUUUUUUGUGUCAGUGCGGGAGACAUUUGACUCUUGUGUUUGUAUCUCCUUUUUAUGAUUGCUGUACUGACCCAUGUCUUUUUGGGGAAGGGUGAAAAGAGAUUUGAAAUAAAAAUGUUUAGAAAUUA